AAUAGAGAAUACGGCCAAUACGUUCAUCACUCGUUUCUCAUGGCAAUUGCUUUUGUUUUAUAAAAUCUUUUAUUAUUUACAAGAGCAGGCUACCUUCGUUGUUUGAUUACAAAUUACGUUUUAAAAUACCGUAAUAUUCGAAUCGUUUCCAUCCGAAUUCAUUCAACUAUCAAUCACCAUAUUGUUCACUCGCUGAAAACCAUGGCUCAGACUGAAGCUGCAAAGAAGGCCAAAGAAUUCCAUGAAACACUGAAGGUUGACGCAGAGAAUCGUAUAGUUCAAAAAUUUCCUGAGCGAAUAGUACAUCUAAAUGAGUUACUCAAAAUGCCCGAGUUUCGUAUUGCUGCAACUGAUAUAAAAUGUAAAUUAGAAAUCCCCACAAUUAUUAAAGUAGAAAACAAUGUAAACAAUUGCGAGGGAAAAACUCAAGGAAAAAGGCCACGGUUAGAUUCAAAUUCACAUGAUACAAUUCCAGGACAAAUGCUCAUACCAGCCAAUAAAAAAAUUGUUGAAGUCAUUAAAAUUCUUAAACCCAAUAUCAAACAAUUAGCUGAAGACACCAAUGCUUUAAAAAUGUGGGUAUCAUUAUUAAUACCUAAAAUUGAAGAUGGCAACAAUUUUGGAGUAUCCGUGCAAGAAGAUACUCUUGCUGAGAUACAGCAGGUUGAGGUAGAAGCAACCAAUUAUCUUGAACAAAUAUCUCGCUAUUAUGCAUCUCGUGGUAAACUUAUCUCCAAGGUUUGCAAGUACCCGUAUAUUGAAGACUACCGGUGUGCUGUUGAAGAAUUGGACGAAAGGCAAUACUUAUCCAUGUCCCUUACCAUGCAUGAAAUUCGUAAUCGCUACUCAACAUUGCAUGAUAUAGUCAUCAAAAACUUUGACAAAAUAAAAAAGCCACGGUCAUCUAACACUGACAGUCUAUAUUAAAUGCAGUAAAACCUUAUUCAAAACUUUAAAAUUUAAAUUUAUACCCUUAUCAUUCCUUUAAAAAAUGUUCAGAUUUGUGUCAAAAAUAUAAGCAGCAUUUUUAGCAUUAAGAAUAAAGUCUUAUACAAGAUGUUAUAUUCAGUUUAACAUUAAAGAUGUGCAGGGUAAUAAUAGUAUAUC